UUCAACACUUAAAUUUUUGUACUUGAAAAAUUCCAAAUCAUACUAUUUUUUUGUCAUUGUCUUAAGAGAAAAAGGUUAGUGUCAUCAUGGAUGUUACAAAGAAGUUGAAGCUUAAGUCUUUGAUAUCAAAGGUGUUAAAGGGUCUUCAAUUUUUGAAAAUUAGUAAAGCAUAUAGAAGAAGAGGUAAUUAUGUGAGAAUCAUAGACAUUGAUGAUGGUGAUGAAAAUGCAACAACUCAAGUGCCACAAGGUUAUUUUGCGGUUAUAGCAAUGAAAGGUGAAGAACCAAUGAGAUUUGUUCUUGAGUUGGAAUAUUUAAGGGAUUAUCAUUUCAUGAAAUUAUUGGAACAAGCUAAGGAAGAAUUUGGAUAUGAACAAAAGGGUGCUCUUGCAUUGCCAUGUAAGCCUCAAGAUCUUCAAAAGAUUAUAGAGAAUCGACAUAAUACAACUUUGUAACAAUUUGGGAUUGGACAAUCAUUUUUAAGAUAAGUCUUUUGCUAAAUGAUACGUGACAUGAUUUCACAAUACAGAUAGUACAAUACUAUCUAUACUUUUUUUUUCUUCCUUAUUAUAAACAUUAUUAUGAUUU